CCAAUUUUGAGAACACAUUCCAUUUCAUAAAACAAUAUUUACUCACACCUUUACAUAAUUUAAUGGCCCUCGCUGUCUCUUCUUCAAUUUCCGUUUCAACUUCCUCCUUCCAAACUUCACAACACCCUUUGAUUUCAGCUCCGCAAAUUGGUUCGAUUAGGAUUUUGGAUAGGCUCCAUCCCUAUGGAGGAGCUGUUAGUUUAUCUCAAAGACGGAGCUUGGUAAAGCCCCUCAACGCUGAACCUCAACGCAAUGAUUCUCUUGUUCCUCUCGCAGCAACUAUCGUUGCUUCUGAGGUUAUUCACACGGAAGAGGAAGAUUUCGAACGGUUAGCAGUUGAUCUCGAGAAUGCUUCCCCUCUUGAAAUAAUGGAUAAAGCACUCGAGAAAUUUGGCGAUGACAUAGCUAUUGCCUUCAGUGGUGCUGAAGAUGUUGCUCUGAUUGAGUAUGCACGCUUGACUGGUCGACCCUUUAGGGUGUUCAGUCUGGACACUGGGAGACUGAACCCUGAAACUUAUAGAUUUUUUGAGGCGGUUGAGAAGCAUUAUGGAAUCCGCAUCGAGUACAUGUUCCCUGAUGCUGUUGAGGUUCAGGCAUUAGUCAGAAGUAAGGGCCUAUUCUCAUUCUAUGAGGAUGGACAUCAAGAGUGCUGCCGAGUGAGGAAGGUGAGACCCUUAAGGAGGGCACUUAAGGGCCUCAGAGCAUGGAUAACUGGCCAGAGAAAGGAUCAGUCGCCUGGUACUAGGUCCCAGAUACCGGUUGUUCAGGUUGAUCCUGCUUUUGAGGGAAUGGAUGGUGGUAUUGGUAGUCUGGUAAAGUGGAACCCGGUUGCAAAUGUGAAAGGACACGACAUUUGGAACUUCCUUAGGACCAUGAAUGUGCCUGUGAAUCCCUUGCAUUCACAAGGAUACAUUUCCAUCGGAUGUGAGCCCUGCACAAGGGCUGUUUUACCUGGACAACAUGAAAGGGAAGGCAGGUGGUGGUGGGAGGAUGCCAAAGCUAAGGAGUGUGGUCUUCACAAAGGAAAUAUAAAGCAGCAAGAAGAUGCUGCUCAGCUUAAUGGAAAUGAGGUCGCCCAUGAAAAUGGCACUGCCACUGUCCCUGACAUUUUCAACUCCCAGAAUGUGGUCAACUUGAGCAGGACUGGAAUUGAGAAUUUGGCAAAAUUGGAGAACCGAAAAGAACCAUGGCUUGUUGUGCUUUAUGCACCAUGGUGCCCCUACUGCCAGGCUAUGGAGGAAUCUUAUGUUGAUUUAGCAGAGAAGUUAGCAGGGUCAGGGGUGAAGGUUGGAAAAUUUAAUGCGGAUGCAGAGCAGAAAGAAUUUGCAAAGCGUGAACUGGAGUUGGGAAGCUACCCCACAAUAUUAUUUUUCCCAAAGCAUUCAUCUCGGCCUAUAAAGUAUCCCUCAGAAAACAGAGAUGUUGAUUCCUUGAUGGCAUUUAUUAAUGCCUUAAGAUGAGGAUUUAUCAAGAAAUUCUUAUUGUUUGGAUUGCAAUUCAACUGUAACUAUACUUUCAAGGUUCCAUGGUUGGUGGUGCUGGUAUAUCAUUCAUUCACAGAUUCUGGUAACUCAUUGGAAGUGGGAAUGGAAUUUUUGAAUCUAGCUUAGCAGAAUAAGAUACUCAACUUUAACUUGUGGCAUAUUUGAAUAGUUUUAUAUCAUCAUUCUGUCGUCGUAGUAGUAAUUCUGUAGGGGAGUAAUUGACUUCCUGCCUUUUCUAGAGGAGUGAUUUGUAAUGUGACAUUUUCCAAUAUGAAAAUUGAGAUAUCUUCGAUUUGAUAGCUGCUAUUAUCCUUCUUUCGUACUUCGCAAAAUAUAGUAUAUUAAAGGGGUGGGAAAUUAUCUAGGGAAGUCACUAGAA